AUGUCAUUCUCAGUUUGAUCAUUGCGCGGUCCGGACGCGUUUCGAAAAUAAUAUUAUUAUUUCGAUAACAUUAUUACAGUGUAAUUACGGUAUAUCGGUUAAUAAUAGUCCCGUAGCAAGACACGUAGCGGCCGUCUACGAGUUUCGCAGACUUAGCAGUUGCGUGCGCGUACGCAGUGCGUUCGGAUACCGUUAGAAGCGUUUUCACCACAAUGGCUACCAAAAACGUACAGAAUGUAGAGAGCGGCAACUCUACCACCGCGCCGGAAGCCGAGGCGCAAGCUAACCGUAGCAAAGUGUCCCGCCUGCUCGAAACAAGCUCCCUGAUCGGUGUGUCCGAUGUGACGGACAACAAGCUGUUCUGGAGGCAGCUGGUCGCGGAGCUGGUCGGCACCUUCCUGCUGACGUCCAUCGGCGUGGCUUCCUGCAUCGCCAUCGAGAAUGCUGAUGUGCCGAAAGUCACCAGCAUCGCAUUGUGCUUCGGUUUACUCGUCGGCUCUAUUGUGCAGGGCAUCGGUCACGUGUCAGGCGGUCACAUAAACCCUGCGGUGACGUGCGGACUCUUCGCGUCGGGAGACAUCAAAGUGCUCAAAGCAAUCUUCUACAUCGUGGUACAAGCUCUAGGAGCCACUGCUGGUGCUGCUUUUAUUAGGCUAGCCGUACCUGAAAAUAGAGUGAACUCAUUCGGAGUAACUCUUCCUGGCACAGGAGUGACUGAUGGACAGGCGGUGCUGGUGGAGGCGCUGAUCACGUUCGUGCUGGUGCUGGUGGUGCAGGGCGUCUGCGACGGCGGCCGCAGCGACGUCAAGGGCUCCGCGCCGCUGGCCAUCGGCCUCAGCAUCACCGCCUGCCACGCGGCUUGCAUACCUUUCACCGGCUCGAGCAUGAACCCCGCGCGAUCCUUCGGCCCCGCCCUCGUCAUGGGGGUAUGGACUUCUCACUGGGUUUAUUGGGUGGGACCGAUCGCGGGCGGCGUGGUCGCGGGCCUAGUGUACAGGUUCAUCCUACGCAUCGGCAAGCCCGGCGACAGCGGCUCCUACGAUCUAUAAGCUUAGCGACUAGCACAUAACUACGCCUAAACACACCAUGUGCCUUAUUUAUGCUGUUCCUCGUGUUAGAUGUGUAGAUAUAGAUAUCAGCCGGGGGAAGACUUCGGUGGUUAUUACCCCCAGUGACAACCCUAUUAACAGUUUUAGAUAGUGCGAUGCCUAAUACAAAUAUUUAUUGCUAAAGCAUGUCUAUAAUCGUGACUAGACUGCACAUAAGGUGGUGACCGAUCGCAGUCUAGGGCUAACUUGGUGAAUAAAAACGCAUUGUUUUAUUGUGCCAGUGAAAUUCAAAUACAAAAUAGUACAAGAGAUAACGUAAAAAAAUGGUAAUUAUUUAUCCCUGAUCAAAAUAAUUUUGAUUACGUCCUUAAACCUACCUAUAUUUUCAUCAUAUUUGUUAGCAUUAAAUACAUAAUGCAAAAGUAAAUGCUGUUAACACAUUUUUUUUAUAAGAAUGCAAUGUUUACACGAGGGACAGUCGUAAGCUCAUUGAUACAAACUUAUUUUGUUCGUUGUUAUAUAUAAUCAUAGUUUCGUAUAAGGUUUAUUAAUGGGCUUAUGUUAUUUUUUUAUACAUUUAUUGUGUAUGUUAUAAUGAUUUUAAAUUCCAAAGUCUUUAAAUUGAAUGAUUAAAUUACUGUACAAAGGAGGCAAUACAUUUGAAAAUUUCAGGACCAGAAAAAGACGUUUAGGUAUCUAUUUUUGUGAAGGACACGUAGAUAAUCUUUACUUUAGGUAAAGGAGAUGGUCCAACAUUGUAUAGAGCAUAGGAUCAGUCAUUAUACUCUGGUGGAAAUAAAAGAAAAUAUUUUUUUUAACUAUGUUUGAUUAUACAAAUCUACGAAUUCACUUUAAUUCUUUCGAAAUAAUAUUUAUUGUCUCCCAUGAAAUACAACACUUUUAUGGGUAAUAAUGGCGGAUUGAUGAUGUUUUAUUUGUCAUGUCAUAGUUGCUUUAUGAGCGCCAUCUUGAUAUAACUCAAAAACUUGGGUUGUAAUUUUAUUCACUUCUUUUUAUUUAGUUAGAUUUAUUCAUUUAUUUAGAUUUUAAUAAAUUCCUUGGAUUUUUUAAAUUUUAAUGAUAUUAGGUAUAAUAGUGGACCAAAUGGAUCAUCUCCUUUCACUAAAACAUAUUUAGUGUCAUAUGUCUCUUACGCUGAAAGCAGAACCAUAAUUGCAAGCGAAAUGUAGUCCAUAAUAUGAUCUUCUAUGUUUAAAUACCUAUAGGUACCUACCACAUUUGGUUCGCGUGUUUAUUAUGGAUCGCCUGUUGUUUUAUGCAGGCUUAAUCUCAAACCUACAUCGCUGCCUGAUUUUUAUCUCGAUUUACCUACUCCUAAUUACGAGUAGUUGCAUCUAACGUCUUCAUGCCUCAUUAAUUUACAUCACGCAAAGACCACGAUGAUUGAUUGUGAGAUAAGUUAUAUUAUUUAGUUAUAUAAGAUAGGGUUUACAAAAGUAUUAAGUCUAUUUAUGUUAUGUGAAUAAAAUAAGUAUAAAUAAGUUAAGCAAGAAUUCAACAUUCAAUGUCAAAUUCGAAUGUCAGUUUUGACGUGAGCUGCAAUUUGUUUGUAUGUGAAAACACACACAAUUUGUUUAUAGCGAAAUAAAUACAAAUGAUGACUAUUUUA